AUGAGCGACUCGGCCGCUGAGCAGUUGCACGCCUCCGGCGCUACCCCGAGCUUCCAGGCGUUUGGUGGGUGGUGGACGAUCAUCAGGCGGAGAGCGGGCAGGGCUGCAGGUCGCGUGGUCUCAGAUUUUAGCGGAUCACCGGCUCUGGAGUUCCCCGGGACCCGAGCAGAAUUUGACAGCAAGACACUCACAGAAUUGAGCAUUGAGAAUUGGAUUAUGCCUGCAGUGUAUGCUGGUCACUUCUCACAUGUCAUAUGGCUUCAUCCUCCCUGGGCACAGCAAAUCACUGAGGGCAAACACCACUUCUUAGUAGGCAAAGACACUUCUACCACAACCAUCAGGGUGACAAGUACAGAUCACUACUUCCUCAGCGAUGGUCUUUAUGUCACUGAAAACCAGCUAGAAAACCAAAAACCUUUACAGUUGGACGUAAUUAUGGUAAAGCCAUAUCAACUGGGUGACAAUCAGGAUGAACAUUCUGCAGCAUCUUCUGCCAAAAAGGCCAGGCUAGCACCAAAAGACACAGAAAGCCCGGCUUCUACUAAGUGUGACUCUCAUUCAGAAGGACCCAGACAGGACGAGGACGCGGUGACCCAGGGAAGGGACCCGGCUUGCCUAGAACACUUAAAUUCUUCCUCUUCUGAAAUCUGGGAGGGCCCAACUGCAGCCAGUUCCUGGGAGAUGCUGGAGACUUGGAAGGCAGGGGAUGCGUUUGUGUUAGAUAUUGACUUAGAUUUCUUCUCAGUGAAGAAUCCCUUCAAAGAAAUGUUCACUCAGGAGGAUCUGGUUGAUUGUGUUGAUACUCGAAUUCGUCAAUUAGAAGAUUUAGAAGCUAUUUUUGCUGAUUUCUGUGAUGGUGAUGAUGAAGAAACUGUACAGAAAUGGGCUUCCAACCCUGGGAUGGAAUCACUCAUUCCACUUGUACAGAGUUUGAAAAAACGGAUGGAAGUGCCCGACUAUGAAAUGGUUCACCAGGCUGGCCUAACCUGUGACUAUUCAGAACUUCCGCACCAUGUUAGCACUGAACAAGAAAUUGAGUAUCUCAUCCAGUCCAUGUAUCUUUUGCUGCAGCAUUUACCAAAACCAACGCUGGUGACAAUUGCACGUCCCUCCUCCAGACCAGGGGUGGGGAAGUCCAGCCUGGCUGUGAUGAGGCCCACGAAGUCCUGUGGUCUGGGUCUGGUACAAGACAGGUCCAGUCUAGAUGAUUACUGUCCUGGCGACCAAGUGGACAUGAUCCAAGAAAAGGUCCUCAGUGCCCUGCAGUCCCUCUAUGGGACCCUGGACGUUCACUUGACAUACUCAGACAAGGCUUCACCCUCGUAA